AUUACCUCUCCCAUGUGUGCGUGUAUAUCGUCAAAUAUGCUUAUAAACAAUAAAAAUCCCUUGGACUAAUAAUUUCAAGUUUAAAAAAUUAAAAAAUCUUUAAAUUCGCGCGCUCUUAAAAAAAAAGUUUUUUUCACACAAAAUAAAGUCACUAGUAAUUAAAAUGGCCUGUAAUAAAAUACUUAACCUCUCUAGCUCUACAAAGUACUGCAAUUUUUUGUUUACAAGAAUCUCGCAGAUAGUUUUCAGGCCGUACAGCGAAUCAAGAUUACGACGUUUAGAAAAAAAAUGGGAUAUACCUCCCCGACCUAAACGACCUCUCAACCCGUUCUUCAAGUUCGUGGUUCUCAGGAGGGAAGAAAUGGUAAAAGAAAAUCCGCAACUCAAAAAUCCGCAAAUAAUGCAAAAAUUGGGUGAAAAAUUUCGGUCUUAUGAUGGAAAUUAUAAAAACGAAUUGCAGAAAGAGUACAGAGAGGAGAUGAAUGAAUACUCGAGACAGAUGAUCUUGUACGAGAAGUCACUCACUAGCGAGCAAAAACAAAUAUUAAAGAGUUUGGCGGAAAAGCGGGCGGAGAUGAAGGAAAAGUCAAAAGAGCAGCAGAGGCUGAAGGACUUGGGAAAGCCGAGAAAACCCCCACCGGUCAUCUUUCUGUUUAUUUCUUCGAAAAUGAAUACGAAAAAAGAUGAUGAUCAAUAUCAUGAGUGGGUGAGUCAAAUUUCCAAGGAAUGGACAUUAUUAUCAACCGAGGAACGAGAAAAAUAUGAAGCAGAACACAAGAAAAUGACGGAGAAGUACAUGAAUGAACUGUUAGCUUGGGAGGCUGAAAUGAUUAGAUUAGGACACAUCGACGUCGUAAGACGCCGAGUACUUCUAGAUUUACGAAUUACAGUUAAUUAUCAACUUGUUAAAAAAACAUGAUGUCCAAAUUACUUUUACUGGUUUUAUUGAUCGCACUGCUGGCUAUUGGUACAGAUGCUUGCGCUGGUUUACGUGCCGAAUGUGGCCCAGCUGCGAAAAGAGAUUGCUGUGGUGGCUAUGUCUGCAACAAUGGCAUUUGUCAUUUCGAUGAAUGAUUAAAAAUGAACAAAAUAUUUUGUAUUGUUUUUUGUGAAAAAAAAAAUGAUAAAUUAAAAAAUUAAACUGUUGAU